AGAGUUGAGGAAUGUAUUCACUUCUGAUCGAAAGAUACUGAACGAAUAGAAAACAUGGGAAUCAUCUAUUUAGACAGCUAUUUUAGAUUUUUACCAGCUGAUUAAGAGGUCAUUUGGGGUAUAUUAGAAAAUUGGUAUUUUAGACAUGAAGCCAAAUAUAAUAUAAGCAAGCCAAACAUAAUAGACAGAUCGCGAAAUUGAUUAAGAUAUUAAAGUAGACAGAAAACAAGCGCUAAAAACUGCAAAAAGUAAUUUGUGCUGGUACUUACCAAGUCGGACAUGAGACAGUCCCUCAUCAUUCGUAGCAUAAAGGUUGAAUGGUCACAACCAAUGCUUAUAUAGCAAGAGUUUUCUGGUGAAUGUGUGCAGCGCCUUCCUCUCCCUCUAUUAUGUGGCCGCCAUCCGUGAUUUAAUUUCGCAAUCCUCGAACGUAAUUUAGCUCGCUAAAUUUACGUUAUAAUCAUUUUAUCUCCACGUCUUUUCUUUGGUUAGAAGCAGAUCGGAUUUUCGUCAUAUUUAUUCGAAACAUUUAUCUGGAUAGGAAGAACAUCCAGCCAUACAAAGUAAGAGUAUGGAGUAAAGUAGAAAUUUUCCAAAAAAUACUUACUAAUUUUGUAGAACUGUACGGGCUGACAGGAACAAUCGAUUUGAAGGAAACGCCUCUUGCAUGGAGAGCUGUCCGACCAGAGAAUGUGGAGAGAGAGAACCAAUCAUGUGGGAGCUUGUGCAAGUCUGUCUUUGCAUCCGUGACCCCAGAUCCACAGUGAACUGUGAUUGGUCUAGAACAAGAUAUAUACAUAGAGACAGGUGUUGCUUUAUAAGACCGUAUUCUGGUAACUUAGUUAGUCACUUUUGGUUAGGGCCAGCGAUAUUGUCAUCGUAGGUACAAAGUGUUGGGUGUGAUUUUUCUCGCAUUCAAUGACCGAAGAGCAUCAGAUGAUGGAAGAAAGACAGAAGAGAAAAUGUGAUGAUUUUGCAGCACUCUAUGGUCUGGACACUCGUAGCCUAGAGGAACACGUGGGUCAAGAAGGUGCUUUUAAGAAACUAAAAGUUGAAGGGAACCCAUUAGGAACGGCUUUACCGUCAGCUGGAAGUUCUCCGACCACUUCUCCCAGCAACGGAACGGGUACAACACCAACUGGAAACGGAACGUGCCCUCCAACACCUGCCAGGAGACGACACAGGACAACAUUCACACAAGAACAGUUGCAAGAACUUGAAGCGGCAUUUGCCAAAAGUCACUAUCCAGAUAUAUAUUGCCGGGAAGAAUUAGCAAGAAUAACGAAGCUGAAUGAAGCACGUAUACAGGUUUGGUUCCAAAAUCGUCGAGCAAAAUAUCGCAAACAGGAAAAACAGCUACAGAAGGCCCUAGCUGCACCGUCAGUGUUGCCAACUUGCAACGGAAUGAUGAGGAACAUAUAUCCAACGGCCACCGCAACAUCGCGUGCUUAUCAGUACCCACCGCCGAACGCCAUCAAUUCGGUUGCAGCAGCACGCUAUCAGCCCAUGACCACAUCUACUUAUCCACCCAUGGCUACUCAGCAUUUCUCUAUGGGUCACCCUACACCAAACAUGGCAGCUAUGCGACAGGAUACCGAAGAGGACUGGUACAACAAAGGUUUUCCUGCACUGCGUAUGAAUGCCGCACCUCAUCCGAAUCUAUCAGCAGCUCCUAUGUUACAGUAUCAAACAUAAAAAGCAAAAAAGAGCAAGAUACAUAAAGUGAAAAAAAGAGACGGGAAAUUUUGGACCCGUAAACUCAUCCUAUUCUCAAAUCUAGUGUAUUUCCGAAAGUAGUCAUGUUCUUAUAGUUGCGAAAUUGUGUGAGAACUGUAUAGUGACUGAUGGUUUGAUGUCCAGGUGAUAGAUCCUGAAGAGUAUAGAUGCGGAGAAGGUGGACUUUUACGUUUUCUGUAUACAUAUUAUCUACCUAUAUACUGUAAUUAUCUUCGUUGGUAUCAUCUGGUCGUGUUGUCGCUUGUCCGAAUAUAGUGUGUAAUGUGUUGUUGCAUUUUAAAUAAUAAACUUGUAUUUAAAAAAAAAAGAAACUCAUACAAGGAAACACAUUAAAACCUUAACUUUAGCAAUUUCGUAUUAGCUUUAGAUAAAGCAAGUGUAGUAAUGUAGGCCUAUAAAUUUUGUCUUUACUCUUCAGUUUGUAACAACUUGUAGGCCUGAUGCGUAUCUUAUUUAA